AGUAGAUUGCAACUACAAUGUAGUUAAUCAAAUGAUUAUUUAACACAUUUUUUCGCUUAGACAUGACAGCGAAACUCCUUCACGAACUGGUGCACGAGGCGGCGCGCGCUCACGGCGAUAAAAGAGCUGUCGCGUUUGACAGCAGCAUCGCAGCGCGCGUCUCUUUAACAUAUGCUGAACUUAUUUCCCUGUCAGAUGAAUUAACCGCACAACUGCGCGUCUCUGUCCAGAAUCAUGAAGAUGCAAUCGGGUUAUUCUGCCUUCCAGAUGUGCUUCUUCCUGUCUGGAUUAUAGGUAUCCUGCAGUUUCCUGCGGCAUAUUUACCUCUGGAUCCUGCAGCACCAGCUCAGUGCAGCCUGAGAAUGAUCAACAACUGCAGACUGAGCUUCUGCUUGAUACAAAAUGAGCUGCUUCAUCAUUUCCAGAGUGCCUUUUCCACCCUGAUAUCCCUGGAAGUAUGUGCAACAUUUUCUUCACACAGGCUCACUUUAAUCAAAAUAAAAAGUGAGCAGAAGGAAAGCAGUCAAGCGACCGAGGCGCCUUUCAGCUCUGCCGUUGCCAAAAACGUCCAGCAGGGGGAGCCGUUGGCCUAUGUUCUGCACACAUCCGGAACAACAGGCCUUCCUAAAAUAGUGAAGGUCCCACACAGGUGUAUUGUGCCUAAUAUUACACACCUGCGUUUUGUCUUUAAGAUGACCUCAGAAGACACCGUGUUCCUGUCAUCUCCGUUAACCUUUGACCCGUCUGUGGUGGAGGUGUUUAUGGCCCUUUCCUCAGGAGCGUGUCUCCUAAUUGUGCCCUCUGCUGUUAAAAAGAUGCCACGCAGACUCGCUCAUGUGCUGUUCAAACGAAACUCAACCACAGUCUUACAGGCCACUCCCACUCUUGUGAGGCGCUUUGGAAAGCAUGUCCUUCAGGAGGAGGUGCUGAGUGCAGAUUCUUCCCUGAGGAUAUUGGCUUUUGGAGGAGAGCCAUGUCCAUCUCUAAAUCUUGUCAAGAGCUGGAGGCAGGAAGGCAAUCGCACACUCAUUUGUAAUCUUUACGGCACCACAGAAGUUUCCUGCUGGGCGAGCUGGUACAAAGUCCCAGAUGAACACCUAUGCUUGGAGGACAUGACUGAUGUAUCUGUGCCCCUUGGAGAGCCAAUGUUAGACACUGUAAUGGUGGUGAGAGAUGAAACAGGACGUCUCGUCACAGAAGGAGAAGGACAGUUGUUCAUAGGUGGUCAGAACAGAGUUUGUCUUCUGGACGAUGAAAAAACUGUGGUCAAGGGCACAAUGCGUGCGACUGGAGACUGGGUGCAGGUGCGGGACUCAAAUCUCUAUUUCCUGGGCAGGAAGGAUCGUCUGGUCAAGCGCUUUGGUCAGCGGGUUCAUCUAGAUGCUUUGCAGCAGAUCAUUGAGAGUUUUCCUGGGGUAGAGGCGUGUGCUGUGAACCUGAGCGAGGGUGACAGGCUGCUGGCAUUUAUAGUGCUGACAUCAGGUCAUGCAGGAGCCCCCUUGUCUUCUGAAAUACAUCAUGAGAAACAUUCAGCACGACCCUCUGAAGUCAGUGUCUCAGCAAAAGCCAGCCCUCCAUCCCUCAGAGUUACCGAAGGAGAGAUUCGCCAUCAACUAUCACAGCGUUUGUCCAGUCACAGCAUUCCAGACAUGAUAUUAUUCAUCCCUGCUCUUCCACUCACCUCUCAUGGUAAAAUAGCCACUGACGAGUUGAUAAAGAUGUGUGAUGCUCAAAGACAAGACAAAAAUAAUCAAACUGCACAGAAAGACGCUGCAUCUGUGAGACUGAAGUUACAAAACCUGUGGAAGGAGUGUCUCGGCCUGCAGGAUGACGUGGGUGUUGAAGAAGAUGCACACUUCAUGUUCAGUGGAGGAGACUCCCUUCAGGCCCUGCGUCUCUUUGAUGACAUCACCAUUGCCAUGGGGACGACCUCUGUGGGCCUGUUGGAGGUCAUACUGGACGGCUCCUUCUCAGACCUGCUGAGCCACGUCAUGACAGAAACGCAUGUGGAUGCAGUCCUGCCAUCAAAGAAAAGAACGGCGGACGAUUCAGACUCUGAAGCUUCGGGUAAAAGACAACACAAGGAAACGACCACAGCGAGCGCCAUGGAAAGUCCUUUCGUAGUUCCCUUAGUGAGAAGGACAAUGGGAUUUGUAGUCGUGAGACGAGCUGCUGAAGUUUACAAAUGGGGUUUUCAGAAAAUACCAGAGGCAGUCUUCUCAGAUGCACUAGAUACAAACAAAGUGACCAAUAAUUCAGUAGAUAACAACACUGGUUUAAUAUCUAACCCCUCACUGAAACUCUCUAAGAGUUCUGCUGUUACAAACAUAACAGACCAUCUUCAAGCUCAAGAAGAGACAUUACUGGCCAGUGAGAGUACGAGUUCAUGUGGGGGUGAGAGGGAAGACUUUUCUGGUGUCCUGCCGCUUGGCCUGCGGGUCCUGUGGAGCUCUGACACAGGCAGGUGUGUUGACGCCUCUCCAGUACUGCUGGUGGCUCCUGAUAGAACCACAGUGUUCAUUGGCUCUCAUUCGCACCGACUGCAGGCUCUUGAUCUGUCCAGUGGAGAGGUCAUCUGGGAGCGAAUCCUUGGAGAUCGGUUGGAGUCUUCAGCUGCCAUCACUAUAUGUGGAGGACUUGUAGCCAUAGGUUGUUAUGACAGACAGAUGUAUUUUCUGGAUGUUUCCUGCGGGGACACUGUGUGGACAUUUGAGACGGGUGAUGUUGUGAAAAGUUCCCCUACUGUGGACCCUAAAACUGGACUGGUUUUCGCAGGAUCCCAUGAUGGCCAUGUUUAUGCAUUAAAUCCACUGGCUAAGACUUGUACAUGGCAGCAUUUCUGCGGUGGUGGUGCAGUGUUUUCAUCCCCUUGUGUCCACUUGUCUCCUAGACAGUUAUACUGUAGUACUUUGGGUGGGCAUCUUCACUGUCUUAAUCCAGACAGUGGAAAAGUCUUGUGGACGUUUUCCAGCAGUGCCCCAUUUUUCUCAUCUCCUCGCUGCUGUAAUUCCUCCGUCUUCAUUGGUUCAGUAAAUGGACAUAUUAUUGGAAUAAGCCAUUCUGGAAAUGCGUUAUGGGACUUCUCCACUAAUGGGCCAGUCUUCUCAUCUCCAUGCAUUUCUUCCUUGACAUUUCUGACCAAUCAGCCUGCUUCUACAACCCCGAACAGCAGCGUGUCAACCUCACCCAAUCACAUAGUCACAUGUGGGUCACAUGAUGGUCAUGUUUACUGUUUAAAUGCCCAAAACGGAUCAUUACUGUGGCAGUUUCAGACCACAGGAAAGGUGUUCUCAACUCCAUUCGUGUUUUCCGGCGCUCCGUGGGGUUUGAGAACACUAGCGGCUGUGUGCUCCACUGAUGGAAAGGUGUGGGUUUUAGAUGGAGAAACUGGCACACUGAAGGCAACACUGUCUUUGCCAGGCGAGCUUUUCUCCUCUCCUGUCAUAUGGGGGAGUAAAUUAGUGGUGGGAUGUCGCAAUGAUUAUGUUUAUUGUCUUGAACUGACCACACAGUGAUUAACCACAAAAACAAACCCAUGUGCAAAUGGGUGACUACCAAUAUAUGUUUACAUUUUCAAAUUAUUUUUCCUGAUAGCACUUUCGGUAGUCACCCAUUUGCACAUGGGUUUGUUUUUGUUUUUGUGGUUAAUCUCAUAUGGA